GAUCAAUUGAAAAUUAUAUCCAAAAGCAAUUGAAAGAUUUGAGGUUAAGUGCAAAUUACUUCAAACAGAAAAUAUAAACACGUGUUUUAUUCAGUUUAAUUUAACCUUUCGACAAAAUGAGUUCAAGCGAUUCAGAAUUAAGUGAUAGUGAUAUUGAGUUGCAAGAAGCCUUUGCAGCGGGUAAACUAAAACCCGGUUUGAAUGUAGUAGAAAGUGCCCCUAAAAAAUUUGUAAAUAACACAGCUGGGUUAAAUCAAAAACUUGAAGAAAUAACACUAAAAUUACCAUGGAUAGAGCGACUAGACUUCAUGAACAGUCAGGCGCCUUUAGCACCAGAAAUGGCAGCGGAAAUGUUGGCACAUGAACAAAAGCGUGAAAACGAAUUAAAAAAUAACAAAAAAUUGCCACAGUUUGCACCCAGUGAAGAUCCAGUCUUAAAUGAUUUUAAAAGGGAGCUGAUGUUCCAUAGACAAGCUCAGGCAACAGUUCAAGAGGCGAUACCCAAGAUUAAAGCAAUGGGUAUCCCGACGAAACGACCAGACGAUUAUUUUGCGGAAAUGGCAAAGACUGAUGCUCACAUGCAAAAGAUUAGGGAGCAUUUGAUGCAGAAACAACAACAGCAACAGAGAAGUGAGAGGGUUAAACAACUGAGACAACAGAGGAAAGAAGGGAAAAUGAUACAAAUCCAGACUAAACUGCAGAGACAGCAGGAGAAGAAGGAGAUGAUGGAUCAUGUGAAGAAAGUCCGGAAAGGUGUUUCCAAGAAUUUAGAUUUCUUGGAUGGUAAACAGAGUAAGGCAAUAUCAAGGAAAUCUUUAGAGAAGAGGAAAUUGAAAGAUAAAAAGUUUGGGUUUGGUGGCAAAAAAAGAGGCAUGAAAGCAAACACAAAGGAGAGUGCAGAAGAUAUAAGUGAAUAUCGAAGGCCAUCGAAACCAGGAAAAGGUGGUAAAGGAGGCAAAGGUGGCAAAGGUAAACCUGGAAAUAAACGACCAGGAAAAAAUAGAAGGGUUCAGAAUAAGGCUAGAGGUAGAAAAAUACUGAUUACCCACAUCCUGCAUAUCACCCUGACAGAGCACGGCGGGCAUACCGGCCAUAUCGGACGCGGCGCCUUGGAGGCUACACAGUGGCCCCUGGGCGACGACCGGUGCGUCAGCGUUUUGCGGCUGCGAUGGCUGAGUGACGAAUACGAUCGGAUUGAAAUCGGUCAGCCCGUCUUGGCCAUAUACUGGGCUGUAACGUGCUACCGAACUCAUAUUGGGAUCCAAUGGGCUGACGUGUGGGUCGAAAUCUCCAAAUACUUCGCCAUGAGUUUCCGGAACUGCGCCGGCGACGGCGCCGUUUUCGGGCUGCUGUUCCAUUUUGAUCUGGUGCAAAUACCGAAAUACGAAAACGUAGUUUUGGAAGCAAAAAGAAUUCUUCUGAAUGCUGAACACUCAUAUUCAGCUACAUCACUUGCGAAUCGUAAAAAACCAAAUAAAAUACGCAGACUCACCGAAAUAGAUUUAGAUGUCCCUAAUCCAAAAAAUAAAAAAAAAUUAAAACCGAAAUAUGAAAUUCCCAAGUUUGACUCAAUUCCAUUUAAACUUAUGCAAAAGCCAAAGAAAAAAUCUGAUAAAACAUUAAUGAAACAAUACUUUUGCAAAUGGAAAAACAUCGUCUGGUCGAAAAAACGGGUGGCCGCAUCAGAGGAGUGUCGAAGAUACAGCAAAGUGAAAUUGGAUAAGUUUAUUGAAAAAAUAAAAAGCAAAAAUGAAAUACUGGAACCUAAACCAAAACAAUGCAACAAAGAGAAUAGUAAAACAAUAAGAAAGGAAGUAUAUACGGAACAGUAUACGCAUAGAUUUAAAGCUCAAAACACAAUAAUUCAAAAGCAGAAGGAAAAACUAGAAGAACAAUCCAAAGUAAUUAAAGAUCUUGAGCUGGGCAUCCUUAAAAAAGACUUGCACGAAUCAAUGAUAAACACAAAAGUAAAUAUACAUGAAUUAUUCAGCAGUGGCAAGAUAAACGUUCACAAAUCUGCUCCUCUAUUACUACCAACUACAGAACGGGAAAAGAUGAUGGUAAACAGCUUGAGGGCGCCGAAAAUACAACAAGAAAUGAAUGAAAGAGCUUUAAAGCGACAACAAAGACAUCAAGAAACGAAACUAAGAAAAGAAAAAAUCGCUGAGGAAAGAGAGAAGAUGUUGCACGACAUGGCGUUAACGAAAAAAAUGCAGGAUGAGGAGGAAAGAAUGAAAAUUUUGGAGGACAUGAAGGAGAAAAGACGAAGGGAAUUGGAAAUGGACAGAAUAAGGAAGUUGAAUAAAGCAAAACUGAUGGUAAAAUGGCAACUGGCAGAAAACUUUCAUACAAAUAAGGUAAUAAAAAGAGUUUUCAACAAGUUUAAAGAAGAAUAUAUGGUAAGUAAGGAGAAGAUGGCUCGAGCUGUGGAUUUCCAUAAGAAAAAGAUUGAGAGGAAAGUAUUUUUUGUAUGGUGCAAUUUUGUAGAAGAUAAGUACAAGUACAAAUAUUCUAUGGCGGAUACACUUUAUCAUUAUAAACUUCUGAAAAUGUGUUUUAACUGUUGGCACCAGGAAUGUGUUGCGACGAAGCACAAGUUGCAAACUGCAGAAGACUGGAACAGUUUUCAAGUGCAGCUCAGAAAUUUAUUAGCGUGGGCAAAAUAUACUUGUGCGCAAAAUAGAAUUAUGGAAGAAAAAAUGAAACAUGCGGACGUCCACUACAAAAAGAAAUUACUAUUUCAAUAUUAUUAUCAGUGGAGGUCUUUACCAGCUGUUGUGCUAUUAGAGAAAGCAAAGGAAAUGAAGAAAGAAAAGUGGCGUGCCAAAGUUUUAGAAAUAAUUCCUGAUUAUGAACCUCCAAAUAAAUUUUGAAAUUGUUUUUCCUCCUCAUGUUUUUGGUUAUUUACACAACAACAAAAUAAAAACAAACAGUAUUUUAA